AUGAACGGUGAGGAGCAGUACUACGCGGCCACGCAGCUCUACAAGGACCCGUGCGCGUACCAGAGGGGCCCGGUGCCAGAGUUCAGCGCUACCCCGCCUGCGUGCCUGUACAUGGGCCGCCAGCCCCCACCUCCGCCGCCACCCCAGUUCGCAGGCGCGCUGGGAACGCUGGAGCAGGGAAGUCCCCCGGACAUCUCCCCCUACGAAGUGCCCCCGCUCGCCGAAGACCCCGCCGUGGCGCACCUCCACCACCACCUCCCAGCUCAGCUCGGGCUCGCCCACCCGCCCUCUGGGCCUUUCCCCAAUGGAACAGAGCCUGCGGGCCUGGAAGAACCCAGCCGCGCUCAGCUCCCUUUCCCCUGGAUGAAAUCCACCAAAGCUCACUCCUGGAAGGGCCAGUGGGCAGGCGGUGCGUACGCAGUGGAGCCCGAGGAGAACAAGCGGACCCGUACAGCCUACACGCGGGCGCAGCUGCUGGAGCUGGAGAAGGAAUUCUUGUUUAACAAAUACAUAUCCCGGCCUCGCCGGGUGGAGCUGGCGGUGAUGCUGAACUUGACUGAGAGACACAUCAAAAUCUGGUUCCAGAACCGUCGCAUGAAGUGGAAGAAGGAGGAGGACAAGAAGCGAGGGAGCGGGACCGCGAGCGGGGGCGGUGGGGGCGGCGAGCCGGAGCAGGAUAGCGCGGUGACCUCGGGAGAGGAGCUGCUGGCCUUGCCGCCGCCGCCACCUCCCGGGGGUGCUGUGCCCCCGGGCGUCCCCGCUGCUGCGGCCAGGGAGGGCCGCCUGCCUCCGGGCCUUAGCGCGUCACCACAGCCCUCCAGCAUCGCGCCUCUGCGGCCGCAGGAACCCCGGUGA